CUGCCUGUUCUUGUCAUGCUGUAUUUUUUUUGGCAGGGUCUUUUGCCUUUUGGAAAAUGCAUUUACCGCACUCCUUGGCAAGUACCUCAGAAAGAACAGAACGUGUUUGCUUCCAGAGAUGAACACGUCCUCUCAGCUGUAUGUUUCUGAACUAAACCUGAGUGCCUUUGGUAGCAACUUUACUGUGCCUACUGUCAAGAGCAAGUCAUCGCCAUGUGAGCAAGUGGUCAUUGCGGCUGAGGUGUUCCUAACUCUGGGCAUUGUAAGCCUCCUUGAAAAUAUCUUAGUUAUAUGUGCAAUAGUUAAGAACAAGAAUUUGCAUUCACCCAUGUAUUUUUUUGUUUGCAGUUUAGCAGUGGCUGACAUGCUGGUUAGUGUGUCUAAUGCUUGGGAGACCAUAACAAUAUACUUAAUAAACAAUAGACACAUAAUUAUGGAAGAUACCUUUGUCCGUCAUAUAGACAAUGUCUUUGAUUCAAUGAUCUGCAUAUCCGUGGUGGCUUCCAUGUGCAGUUUGCUGGCUAUAGCAGUAGACAGGUAUAUCACUAUCUUCUAUGCCCUGCGUUAUCACAACAUCAUGACAGUGAAAAGAUCAGGGCUUAUUAUUGCAUGCAUCUGGACCUUUUGCACAGGCUGUGGCAUUAUCUUCAUUCUUUAUUAUGAAUCAACUUACGUGAUCAUUUGUCUCAUCACUAUGUUUUUUACCAUGUUGUUCCUCAUGGUCUCACUGUACAUCCAUAUGUUCCUCCUGGCUCGUACUCAUGUGAAGAAAAUAGCUGCUUUGCCUGGGUACAACUCUGUCCGUCAAAGAACCAGCAUGAAAGGAGCCAUCACUCUGACUAUGCUUCUUGGCAUCUUCAUUGUUUGCUGGGCUCCAUUCUUCCUUCAUCUCAUCCUGAUGAUCUCCUGCCCUCAAAACCUCUACUGUGUUUGCUUCAUGUCUCACUUCAACAUGUAUCUCAUUCUCAUUAUGUGCAACUCGGUGAUUGAUCCCUUGAUCUAUGCCUUUCGUAGCCAGGAAAUGAGGAAGACCUUCAAAGAGAUAAUUUGUUGCUAUAGCCUGAGAAUGGUCUGUGGGUUAUCCAACAAGUAUUAAGAAAACAAAACCAAACCAGGGAAGACAAUGGAAAUGCAACAUCUUGCUGCAUCUUAUAAUUCUGCUGAAAUGCCUAUGGAAUAUCUUUCUCCAUUCAGCUGUCAUGAUUUCUGCAGCAACCAGAAAUAAUUUUUUAAUAUGCGAUUUUAAGUUUCUUUCCCUCCACACACCUCUCUCACACUACUGGUGGGAGCUACUCAGUGCAUCUGUAUUACGGGGAGAAAGAAUAUUUUGAAUCUCAUUUACCCUACUGAAGACUGGAUCUUAUAAGAGGAUUAUACAGGGAAAGCCUUAUUUUUCUUUCUGUUAAAUGCAACGAGUGUGACCUGCCAUGCAAAUGAGCCCAUCAGCCUCUCAGUGUGUGUUUCUCUUGAUAUUCUUUGUCUCUUUAGAUACAGCAUGGCUUAUUUUGAUGCCCAGAGUUAACAGGUUUUUUGCUCUUUCCUUCCGAAGACAUGAAAUCAGAGAAGUAGCUCCAAUUAUCAGGGUUCACGACCUUGCUCAACAGUUAUGACCAAUAUAUAUGCAUAUAUCACCAGUCUUGUAUUCCAGUCAUGACUGUUACUGUCAUAAAAUAUGUAUUAUGUAAGAGGACAGUGUUACCAUGAGAUUUUCCAGGCUGGAUACAGUACUUUGUCAUAUCUGACUAUACGUGUUCUUAUCACUGUGGGAUAAGAUGUACCAUAGGUGGAUUUUAAGGCUGAAUAUGAAGACUGAGCUGAUUCUAGUUUGUCUGUUUUCUUUAUUUGCCAGGGCUAGGAAAGUAAAGGGUACAUGGCCUCCAGAUAGUCAUGUAAUGUUUUGUCGAGACAGAAAGACUGUGUGAGUGGUUGCCUUUAUACAGACAUUAUAAAAGCAUUUCAGCUAGGAGUAGCUUUUGCUACUGGAGGAAGCUGUACUGUAGAUUGCAUCUUUCAAGCUGGGAGAGACAAAACAGAUUUGAUGAUCAGAAGGCAUAGCAGGCAAUGGCAAAACAGGGAUUUCAAAACCUCAGGCACAUGUAGCUAUAACAGAGUCCUGACUUCUGCUCCCCAAACAAACAGUUUUUCUCUUUGUUGAGAGGAUUCUAAGGUGAAACCCUCAUGCCUUUUGUGUGAGUAAUUUGCAUCUAGUCAUGCUCUCAUAAACAUGCUGUUCUGCAACAGCUGUGUAAUGUGCAAAAUAUUGGAUUUAUCACAAAUGAAAGAAGUGCAACUGUGGCAUUGAUUUCUUGAUGCCAAUGGACGGUACGCAUCUUGCACUGAGAUAUAAGCUAUGAAAAUAUUUCAAGCAGUGGUACCCUACUGACUAGACAUCAGAAAACAGCUUGGAAAAAUGAAUUAUUUCUUCUGAAAAGCUGAAAGAAUUACACUUGUUAUACUUGGUUUAGGGAUGCUCUAAAACUGUUGUUGUCAAUAGAAGGACUAUGAUUGAUUCAAUGGGCC